GUCACUCGCUACAACAACGGACUCUACAAACCCUCCUUAAACCCUGAUGUCCCUUACCCGCCUCUCCCGCCAAAAACCACCCCAAUUCUCACUCCGGCUCACGCUCCUCACGCGCCUCCUCUCCUCUUCCUCAUCCUCCACCACCUCCUCCUCCUUUUCAAAACUGCACCAGAACUACUCCUUCAAACCCCCACCUUCCCUCUCCCCAACCCCCCAAAACCCCAACCCUAAGCCCAAGAAAAAGGAGAAAGCCCAGUACCGUCCACCUUCGUCGCUCGAUCGGACCGGCCAAAAGACGAUACGCUCCCAGUUGCCAUUCGAUUUCCAGUACAGUUACACGGAGAGCAGCCCGACGGUGAGGCCCAUUGGGCUCCGAGAGCCCAAGUACUCGCCUUUCGGACCAGGCCGCCUCGACCGCGAAUGGACUGGGGUGUGCGCCCCGGCCGUGGACCCCAAGGCGAGGUCCGUGGAGGGAGCGGAGGACCCGAAGCUGGAGGAGAAGGGGAGGAUGAUGAGGGAGAAAGUUCAGGGGCACCCGCUCUCUGAGGCCGAGAGGAAGAUUCUGGUGGACAAGUGUCUGAGGCACAAAACCAAGAGGCAAAUCAAUCUGGGGAGAGAUGGUUUAACCCACAACAUGCUGAAUGAUAUCCAUAAUCACUGGAAGCAUGCCGAAGCUGUGAGGAUAAAAUGUUUAGGUGUUCCCACUGUGGACAUGAAAAAUGUGUGCACUCAGCUUGAGGAUAAAACAUUUGGAAAGAUCAUCCACAGACAUGGUGGUCUACUUGUAUUUUAUAGAGGCAGGAACUAUCAUCCCAAGAAAAGGCCUGUGAUUCCAUUAAUGCUGUGGAGACCCCACGAGCCUGUAUAUCCCAGACUAAUCAAGACUACGAUUGAUGGGUUGAGCAUUGUGGAAACAAAGGAAAUGAGAAAGAGAGGACUAGCUGUUCCCGCUUUAACAAAACUCGCCAAGAAUGGGUAUUAUGGUAGUCUGGUACCCAUGGUCAGAGAUGCUUUCCUCUGUUGUGAGCUGGUUCGGAUAGACUGCCAAGGUCUUGAGAGGAGUGAUUACAAGAAAAUAGGCUGCAAACUCAGGGACCUGGUGCCUUGCAUCCUGGUGACAUUUGAGAAGAUGCAGAUUGUGGUUUGGAGGGGGAAGGACUACAAGCCUGUAGAAGAUGGAUACUUUCUUCCAGAUCGUGAAUCAUUUGAUGAUCCAGAUGGUAAUUUGCUUUGUAAUGCUGAGGGACAUGACAGCUUGGAUGGCUCCAACAGCCAACAGGGCUUCUACUCUGGGGAUGAUGACUAGUUCCUUUCCUUUCUCUCUGCAAAUUAUGCUUGUGUUCACCAUUUUUGGAAGAUUGAGUACAAGGAAAGUGAUGAGCAAUUGCAGGGAUCACACCAAAAAGGGUGUCAGUCUAUUCAUGCCUACUACUUUUUGGUGCUCUUCCCCCACUCCCCUUAUUUUAUAUUUUAUUUUUAAUUUUUCUGCCGUCACAUUUUCAGGAAAAGAAGCAAAAGAACGAUCAGGACACAGAAUGUGUUAAACCAUCAGAUUAAGAUAUCUGACACUAAGGCUAUUUAUUGUAUAGAUCCUUUUAGAUGGGAUUCACACAAUUUUAAUACAGAAUACCACGUGCUGCACAUGCAGUACCACUGAAAGCGUGGAUUUAGUAAUGUUUUUUAUUCUUCCCUUCUCUCGGCCU